ACACAUGACGGAGGGAUGGAACUGUCCCGACCGCACUGACCAUUUGCAGGAGCGUCGGCGGUGGGGAAGCACUGCGGCCACGGUGCACCUCCACAGACAGACGCGCAAAACUCAACACAUAUACAAAAAAGCAAAACUUCUGCUUAUAACACUUCCGUGUUCAAAAUGGCUGACUCUAUGCAACCGGGCAACGAAGGCGACGGUGCUGAGAAUAUGAGAGGUUUUGCCAGGCAAGGCGCGCUGAGGCAGAAAAACGUCCACGAAGUAAAAAAUCACAAGUUUAUCGCCCGUUUCUUCAAGCAGCCGACCUUCUGCAGCCACUGCACGGACUUUAUCUGGGGAUUCGGAAAACAAGGAUUCCAGUGUCAAGUCUGCUGCUUUGUGGUGCACAAGCGCUGCCAUGAAUUUGUCACCUUCUCCUGCCCUGGAGCAGAUAAGGGUCCUGCCUCAGAUGACCCUCGGAGCAAGCACAAGUUCAAGGUGCACACAUACUCCAGUCCCACCUUCUGUGAUCACUGUGGAUCGCUGCUCUACGGCCUCAUCCACCAGGGAAUGAAAUGCGAUCAUUGCAUGAUGAACAUUCAUAAACGCUGCGUGGCCAAUGUGCCCAGCCUAUGUGGCACUGACCACACGGAGCGGAGGGGGCGGAUCCAGAUCGCCGCCGAGAUCAAGAACAGCAUGCUGCACGUCUCCGUUAAGGAGGCAAAGAACCUUGUGCCCAUGGAUCCCAAUGGUCUGUCUGAUCCUUAUGUCAAGUUGAAACUCAUCCCAGAUCCAAAGAGUGAGAGCAAGCAGAAGACCAAGACAAUUAAGUGUUCUCUCAACCCGACGUGGAAUGAAAACUUCACCUUCAAUCUGAAGGAGUCUGACAAGGACCGCAGGCUGUCUUUGGAAGUGUGGGACUGGGAUCUGACCAGUCGGAAUGACUUCAUGGGGUCCCUGUCAUUUGGGAUUUCUGAGCUGCAAAAGCAGGGAGUGAACGGCUGGUUCAAACUGCUCAGCCAGGAGGAAGGAGAGUAUUUCAACGUGCCAGUCCCACCCGAGGGGGAAGAAGGCAACGAGGAGCUCAGGCAGAAGUUUGAGAGAGCGAAAAUUGGCCCGGGCACAAAGAAUGCAGAUAGUUCCUCUACCAACGUCGUGCCCAAAUGUGACAAGAACGGCAACCGGGACCGCGUCAAGCUGUCUGACUUCAACUUCCUCAUGGUGCUGGGCAAGGGCAGCUUUGGGAAGGUGAUGCUGGCUGAGAGAAAGAAUACCGAUGAGCUUUACGCUGUGAAGAUCCUGAAGAAGGACGUUGUCAUUCAGGAUGAUGAUGUGGAGUGCACCAUGGUGGAGAAGAGAGUUCUUGCUUUGUCAGGGAAGCCCCCCUUCCUCACUCAGCUACACUCCUGCUUCCAGACCAUGGACCGCCUCUACUUCGUGAUGGAGUACAUCAAUGGUGGGGACCUCAUGUACCAGAUCCAGCAGGUCGGAAAGUUCAAGGAGCCUCACGCCGUGUUCUACGCUGCUGAGAUUGCCAUCGGUCUCUUCUUCCUCCAUUCAAAGGGCAUCGUGUAUCGGGACCUCAAAUUGGAUAAUGUGAUGCUGGACUCGGAAGGGCACAUCAAGAUCGCCGACUUCGGCAUGUGUAAGGAAAACAUGUGGGACGGCGUGACCACGAAGACCUUCUGCGGCACCCCCGACUACAUCGCGCCCGAGAUCAUCGCCUACCAGCCGUACGGGAAGUCCGUGGAUUGGUGGGCGUUUGGGGUCCUGCUGUACGAGAUGCUGGCUGGACAGCCCCCCUUCGACGGCGAGGACGAAGAUGAGCUCUUCCAGUCGAUCAUGGAGCACCAUGUGUCCUACCCCAAAGCCAUGUCCAAGGAGGCUGUGGCCAUCUGCAAAGGGCUGAUGACCAAGCACCCGGGCAAGCGGCUGGGCUGCGGCCCCGAGGGCGAGCGUGACAUCAAGGAGCACGCCUUCUUCCGCUACAUGGACUGGGAGAAGCUGGCGAACAAGGAGGUCCAGCCGCCAUUCAAGCCCAAAGCAAAGAAUAGGAAGGAUCCCAGUAACUUCGACAAGGAAUUCACCAAGAUGCCCAUUGAGCUGACGCCCACAGACAAGCUCUUCAUCAUGAACUUGGACCAGAAUGAAUUCCAGGGAUUCUCCUACACCAACCCUGAGUUCGUCAUCCAGGUGUAGCCUGCUAGUGUUCUCCUGCGGGAUGAUUCUUAUGUCCGUGUGUGUGUGCGCAUGUACUCUCAGGGGGCAGCCUCUCGUAUCGGCUGGGUUUCCUGCAGCAUCUCUACACCGUCUCUCAGUCACCUCCUGCCAUGUCUCCUGCCCUCUUGAUCUCGAGCAAUGCUGAACAAAUUCGAUCCUCCCAGAUUUAAACACGUGACAUCAUGGACGGCCUCUAUGAGGCAAGAGACUUCUGUGGCCUCGCCUUUGAAAUGACCCUCCUGAGUGUUUAUUUACUCAUUUUAAUGAAGUGGACUCACACCUGCUUCUAUGGCCGCUUCCGCCGGACUUCAACCAUUUAUAUGCCAGUUUGUGCCGCAGGAACAUGCAAAAAAAAACAAAAAAAACAUAGAUUGACCUUUUCCUGCUUCCAAAGCAACAACAUGGUGGACGUCAGUUAUCAGACUUAAGGGUUUCUGUAUUCAGCCUGCAUGUUAAAGUAUGAAGAAAUGUUCCUUUUUUCAUGCGCGAUAUUACCAUUUUUUUUUAGUACAGUUUUCAAAAAAUCCCUUAAUAUCACUUACUGGCUAAUUCAAAUCCUAAUGUCUUCUUUGAUUCUAUCGGGAGUAUUUUAAUUCAUUUUUUUAAUAUGAAAAUGUCACAUCAUACUACUGCCACUAACCAUCGAUGGCUGCCUGUGGCUGCAAUGGCCAGGAAUCCUGAUGGCUAAAGGGCUGUGGUUCCUUUUUUCCCCUAAGAGUCUGUCCCAGUGUUAAGUGCAUUGUAAGUAUGUUUUCAGUGCAAGAUCAGUGCAGUGUCAGACAUAAAAACACAGUUGAAUCUCAACAUGGAGAACCUUUGCUCUCUGACACAGAAAAAAAUGUCUUUAGUGAAGUGCUAGAUCUAUGCAUGCCCUUUUGGUUCCUAGUCUGAUAUUUAAUGUUAGUACUGUACAUCAGAUGUUACUGCUGAAACUGGUGAAAUGGUCAGCUGUGUGUAUUUAAGGACAAUUCUGACGUCUUCCAGUAAGUAACCACGAGCAGGAGUUGUUCAGAACAUGAAAUGUGCAGAGAUAUUGUGCAGUUCAGUUUCGUCUGUACUGUGUGCAGGAUCAGAUUGAUUUUAGUGCUUCCCUCUCUGUCUUACAUCUAUGAAGCUUGUUCUUUGAGUUGUGUGAGGCGUAGCCAUCUGGGUGUUUAUCUGAACACAGUUGAUGGAGUAGGUAUUGGGGGGGGGGGGGUGGGCUGCUGUGAAAUCCUUACGCACUCCAGGGUGUCAUUGGCAGCUAAUGGCGGUAAUCGGUGCACCGGCAUCUUCCGCACGUAAUCCACUGUUUACGGACGAGAGUCGGACCCAGUUUCAGGGAUGCACUAAGCGCAAAAAAGGACACAAUUUGGAUGCUCGGUGGUGACCUGCUAAUCACCAGAGAGACUGAACGAAUGCCUGCUUCCCUUAGUCACACCAGCUUUUUAUAGGUCUUUUUGUAAUAAGAGAAAACCACCCAAAACUGCAGACUGAACUGUUUUCAUGUUAUUAAUUCCCAUUUUAAUCCACAGUUAAAAACAAAAAAUCUGACAACAGACAUGAGUCUCGGUUAUUUUUGGGCUGCAAUUAAAUCAAAUUUAAUUUUAUCUAGUUUCUUUAGCUGAUUCUCUUCGUAAACUAGAAUGACUCCCGUCAGUGUGAUCUGUGCAAUGACAAAAAUGACUCCUCUUCUAGCAUAUCACCUCAGCUGUGUCACGUGCUGGGAAGUGGAUUUCUAGUACUGCAGCAUGUACGUUUCCCUUACUUUUUCUUUUUACAGUUAUUUAUUUAUUUUUCCUGAAGUCCUUCGCUGGUUUUGAUAGUAAAAUCAGAGUUCGGAAUGGUUUGAUUCUGUCAGUGCACAGCCGGGAAAUGGAUGUGACAAGGGGUGUGAAAAGUCUCAGAAAUUGCUGGAUUAAGAGGAAAUAUUACAGCUUGCGACAAGGACUGAAAUGUAUACGUGUUUCCUGCAGAUGAUUUCCCGCCAUUUAAAAUUGAAAGCCAAAAAGAGAAACAAAAACAUUACUAUGCAAGAUGGAGUAUCCUCGGUGUUAGUGCAUCUUAGAACAAACUCUUUACUAGAGGCCGUUUCUUUGGACGAUGAAGAAAAUCGAGAGCUGCAUAUUUACUUCCUGAACUACGAAAUAUGUUGCAUGUUCUGUAAUUUCUGGUAUGUAAUACAUUAUACGGAAAUUUCCCAAAACCUGUUUGUGUUUUUCUCUGGGCCUUUUCUUAAAGUGGGAGUGGUGGGGGACACAUCCACCACCAAAUAAAAUAAGGGAAUGUGGAAUUCGUUUGUGUGAGCAUUCCUGUCCGUGUUUGCGUGUGAGUAUGUUGGUGUUAAUGUGUGAGCAUUUUUGUCCGUGUUUGUGCGAGUGCUCCACUCUAAAAUGUAAGGAUAACGUUUGUCUAAGGAAAUGAAGACGUUUAUUUGUCUGUGUGCACCUCCGUUUGUCAGUGUUUGUGUGAGUGCUCCACUAUAAAAUCAACUAAGAUUAACAGCUGACUAAGAAAAUGUUGGUAUUUGUGAACUGAGCAUUUAUAUCACUUUACUUAAAGGGGGCAGAAGUAACUUAGUAACUCAGUUACUACUCAGGUACAAAUUAUGAACAAAUAUAGUAACUUUAUGAAAUAAUGAACCAUUAUGAUUGACUAAUGAUGAACGAACACAGGAUCAGUAUGUAACUAACACACAGUUCCUGGGUAAUUAAUACAGUAAGUAUUAGUGUACUACUACAUUAUCUGUGCCCUCAAGUAAAGUGUUACCCACUCUU